UUGAAAAAGAAGAGUGCUGCCAAAGUUUGGGUCAGAUCGGCUCGUGGAGUAAGCAGUCAAGAGAGACUUGGACUCGAGUUAGCCACACGGUCCCCACGCGAAGGACACGAGAGCUGUACACUGCCAGCCACUUCCGCCCUCUGCCUCCCAUCACUUCAGAAAAAAAAAGAAGCAAGACACCUAUCGGCGAGAUGGAAACGACCACCAUCACCACCACGCAGACUGCCUUCACUUUUGGAUUUACCGAAAGACACGCCAGCCUCAGCCUGCACGCCCCGGCCCAGGACUGCGCGGACCCCGCCGCGCACCCCAGCGCCAACGCCGCCGGCUUCCAGAGUAAAACCAAGGUGCUGAAGAGACAGCGCUCCAGCUCGCCCGAGCUCCUGCGCUGCAAGCGGCGGCUGAGCUUCAACGGCCUCGGCUACUCCAUCCCUCAGCAGCAGCCCGUGGCCGUGGCCAGGCGGAACGAGCGGGAGAGGAACCGGGUCAAGCAAGUCAACAUGGGUUUCCAGACGCUGCGUCAGCACGUGCCCAACGGCGCCGCCAACAAGAAGAUGAGUAAAGUGGAGACCCUGAGGUCUGCGGUGGAGUACAUCAGGGCUUUGCAGCAACUUCUGGACGAACACGACGCGGUGUCGGCCGCGUUCCAGUGCGGGCUGCCAUCCCCGGCCAUCUCCAACAGCUACUCCGCCGACCCGGAGUCGCCUCACUCCACCUACUCCUCGGACGAGGGCAGUUAUGAGCCUCUGAGUUCCGAAGAACAGGAGCUGUUGGACUUUACAACCUGGUUCGACCGGUACUGAGGAGGACGGAGGCGCCUGUGCGUAAAAAGCACCUGCGUUCUUUCCGAAAAUGCCGACAAUGACUUGGUAAAGGCGUCAGAUCAGUCUCGCUGUGAUGCUAGGAAGUGAUCUGUUGCCUCCCUCCCUCACCCGGGCUGCUUCUGCCGGAGCAAAGCAAUAGAGAGAGAGAGAGAUAGAGAGAGAGAGAGAGAGAGAGAGAGAUAGAGAGAGAGAGUCUCUGAGUCCCCACACGAAGGAGGGAGUUGGACUCAGUGUCACGUUGACGCGUGGAAGGAAAGACCCGAUGAAGUGCAAUCAAAAGACGUGAGUUAGCAGGUUUGGCGGGUCUCCAGAGGACUUGUUGGAGAGACACCGUCUUCGUCCGCUGGAAAAGACAAAACAAAGACAACGCGUCAACAGACUGUUGCUCGUCUUAUACGUGAAUCGCUCCCCUUUUCAUAAAAAUCACAAAACACUGUAUCAUUGUGUCAAAGAAAUUGUUUCCCCGUGAAGACACAUCUUUUUGUACAUGAGUCAAACAAACAAUGUUGUUGAACAACAGCCGCUGUCACUUUCCCCGACUGUCAGUGACUGGACAACAAGAUCAAGGCUACCUGUGACACAUGUACCUGUUUUUUUUAUCUUCUUCUUUUCUUCUUCUUAAAAGUUGUCUGUAAGGAGACCUUUAUCAAUGUAUGCACUUGUUCUCCACGUCCCGUAGCCUGAAGUGUAAA